GCUCUUGCCGCCCUACUGACACAGUGGUAUACCCUCCACCUCCUCCUCCCCUUCCACCACUCCUCCAGCAAACAAACAUAUAUCUCUCAACCNCCUCACACACCAUCUCCUUCCCUUGUAUCUCAAUGGCAGAAAGCAGGAAUGAGUGAUUUGGUAAUCCAAACAUUGAAACAAUUNGUUUUUCUCUCUGGCACAGAGGCCAGAGAAAUAGCACCAGAUACACGAGCAUUGGAUUAUUUGGAUGAAGAAGGGGAAGCUUUGGAAGUGUGGAGAGAUCCUUUUUGUUUGAGUGCAGAGGGAGGGAAAGUAGAGGGGUAUUUGGGGAGUGCAAUUCCCUUGACUGCUUGUAUUGGAAACGAGGGUUGGGUUCUGGUGUUGGAUUUGGAUGAUAACAAUAUCUACGACAUCGCUAACAAACCCCCUCACCCUCUUUCUCCACCACCAAAGAACGCGCCGCAAUGGUACUACAAACACUAUCCCCAUAACCCCGCUAUCGCUGCUCUCAAAUCUUGGAUCCAGAAAACGAAGCUUUUGGUAUGGGUACCUGAUCCAGAGACUGGGAUAUGGAUACAAGAAACCGAGGAUGAUUGGGACGAGGACGGAGCAAAGUUUGCGGCGCUGNNGAAACAGGUUUAUGGGGAGUGUGGGUGGCCUGAGACAUUUGAUGGGGGAUUGUUUUGGGAGAGGUAUGGGAUGGUGAGGAGGGCGAGGGGUGGGAGGGUUGAGACUUGGGGAGUU